CCAUGUAUAAGUGUAAUUCCUUUGCUAGCUAGAGCUUUCGCGAGGUUUGCUCCUGACAUGAAGGGAAUGAAGUAGGAAUGGAGCUGUUGCUUGGGGAGAAGAGCUGAAAAUUUGAGACUGCUUUUUGGCCGCAAAGCGAUUCCAACCAAGUUCCAGCAUUUUGAAAUUCUCUUUUGAACGCAGCUACGCAAAUUACAUAGAUCCAUGGCUGAUCAAGGCAAGAAAAUGGGAUUCUCCAUGAGUUUUGGUGGCCAGCGUACCAGCACACCGAAAUUUGCGCCAAAACAAAAAGCCAAUGCUUCGAAACGCAUCAAUUUUGGCGAUGACGACGAUAUGGAUGACGAGCCUAAAGCUGAAGCCGUCACUGGAUUCGAAGACAAUAAAAUACAACACCUGCACGAAAAGGUAAAGCAAAAGGAAAUCGUCAUACCCUCACAACCCAACAAAGAUUUUAGAAAGGAAGCAGCAACGAAGCGGUCCAUAUAUAUACCUGAAUCGGGCCUUAAUGGUGAAAAAAAUGCUGGUCCCUCUCAACCUGAGGUGCUCGGACAGCAGGUGGCACAGUAUGGAUUGCAAGUGACCAAAAAGACAAAAGAAACGGUGACAGUGGAAGACAAUGGAAGCUCAGAAAUGCAAAUCGAGGAAUCCGCAAACAGCACUGUCACAGCGCCGACGCUUGAAGAAGCUGCACUGGCUGCACUUGUUCGAGAGGCCAAUUCAGAUGACGAAGAGGAACCAACUUCCAACUUAGUGAUUCCUUCAGAAUUGGACGUUUUUAGAAACGAUGUCCAAAAUCGGCCUGAAGAGACGUCCUUGGAAGAGUAUGACCAGGUGCCUGUGGAACAAUUUGGAGCCGCCCUUCUGCGAGGAAUGGGAUGGAAGGAGGGUCAAGCGCUCGGCGGCGGAAAAGCUGGAGCUUCCGAACCGUUGGCGGCAAAGAAUUUUGUACGACGAGAUGCUCUCUUAGGCCUGGGUGCCAAACCAGAAGAUUUGCCAGAAAGUGACCGUCAGAAUCGUAGGAACGCCUACCAGUUUUCUGACACCACUUUAGUUGUACCAAGGCUCAAAGAAUCGAGCAGAGGAUCAAGUCGCUCAAGCACACCAGCAGACGAUAGACGACGGGCUCGUUCAAGAUCACCAUCACAACGAACGUCAUCGUCCCGUCCAAGGUCUCCUCCUCGACAUUCCAGACGACGUGAGGACUCUCGGGAACGAUCUUCUAAACGAUCCAGACGGGACCGAUCUUACGACAGUUAUAAAAGAUCAAAGGAUGAUUCAAGAAGACGACGAUAAAUUAGAUAGAAAGAGAGUCGCUGGCAGUGUUUUUCUAUUUUCAAACUCAUAUUAAACGUCAGUUGGCCAAGAAUAGCAACCAAUCACUUGACUCGUUUUGCCAAG